AUGGAUCGCAUUAGUCUCGAGCACCGCAUGUCCCACCAGAGUCAUGCCACGAAUUAUCAAGCCGUUCCCCAUGUCCACAUCGAGCCACCGAAAGGAAAAAUCGUUGCGAAUGUGAAUUGCCAGCAAACAAGACUCCACCACGUACAUCACGACGGGCACCUUCCCGACACCAAAUCAACCUCCGUCCACGAAAUGGACCGUCGCUACCCGACGACGUUCAUGGUGAUGGAAUCGCUCGUGUUCGCACACAUGCUCCUCGUGGGGCGAAUGGACCCCACCGACCCCCUGGCCGUCCACGACGAGCACAAGGCGGACGUCCUGGCGUUUGACUGGACGGAACGAGCCGACACGAUCGUCGGGGAUUUCGCGAUUCGGUGGGCAGAACGCCACGUGGCGGCAGCCGAGAUGCUGACGGACCACGCGAUCAUGGGGCUGGUCGACGGGUUCUAA